GGGAGCGCGCGCGCAGCCCGCGAGGCUUCCUUCCUACUCUCCGGAGCCUGCGCGAGGGGCGUCGAUGGCGGAGGGAGCGGAGGCGGCUCCGGCGGAUAGUGGUGCUGACGCAGACUCCGGAGCGAGCGUUCUGGAACGGGGAGUGGCGCCCAUUAAGCCUCAAUACCUCACCACCAGGGAACACUUCCACGGGUUCCUGGAAGCCAAAGGACAAGAGAAGCUCUGCCAGGAAACUGAGGCAGGAGACCCUGAUGGCAGUGACGUGCCUGAGCCUGAGGCCAAGAGGAUCCGACUGGAGGAUGAGCAGACGCAGGACGCAUCGGCAUCUGUGGAGGCAGUGGCGGAGCCUGGGGAGCAGCCCCAGGGACAGAAGAGAGCGCGGGGCCAGAACAAGGGCCGGCCCCACAUGAAGCCUGCUCAGUAUGACCAGAAUCGGCUCUGCCCUUCCCUGAUCCAGGAAUCGCCUGCCAAGUGUUUCUUUGGGGACCGCUGCCGAUUCCUGCAUGACGUGGGCCGUUACCUGGAGAGCAAACCUCCUGAUUUGGGCACCCGCUGUGUGCUCUUCGAAACCUUUGGCAGGUGCCCCUAUGGUGUGACCUGCCGCUUUGCUGGUGCCCACCUGGGGCCCGAGGGCCAGAACCUAGUGCUCGAGGACCUGUUGGCCCGCAGGGCCCACCUGCCGCCCUUGCGCAAUGCCCUGGACAAGGCCCUGCAGCGGCAGCUGCGCAAACGCCAGGUCCGCUUUGAGCGUGCAGAGCAGGCCCUGCGUGGGCUCGGCCAGGGCACUGCUCCAGCCACAGUUGUCACCAAGCUUACUCCUGAGGGUGAUCCAGGGCAGAACCACUGUGCUGCCCAGCAGGACCCUGCAGGGCUGGGGGUUGGCACCCCUCCCGGAAGCCCUGCGCAGACCUGCGGGCCCUUGACGGACGAGGACGUGGUCAGGCUGCGGCCCUGUGAGAAGAAGCGGCUGGACAUCAGCGGCAAACUGUACCUGGCCCCACUCACAACGUGUGGGAACCUACCCUUCCGGCGGAUCUGUAAGCGCUUCGGAGCAGACGUGACGUGUGGGGAGAUGGCCAUGUGCACCAACCUGCUGCAGGGCCAGACGUCUGAGUGGGCCCUGCUCAAACGUCACCCAUGCGAGGACAUCUUCGGGGUCCAGCUAGAAGGCGGCUUCCCAGACACCAUGACGAAGUGUGCAGAGCUGCUGAACCGCACCAUCGAGGUGGACUUUGUGGACAUCAACGUUGGCUGCCCCAUCGACCUCGUGUACAAGAAGGGUGGUGGCUGUGCCCUCAUGAACCGCCCUGCCAAGUUCCAGCAGAUCGUUCGUGGCAUGAGCCAGGUGCUGGAUGUGCCACUGACUGUGAAGAUCCGCACAGGAGUCCAGGAGCACGUGAACCUGGCACACCGCCUGCUGCCCGAGCUUCGGGCCUGGGGUGCUGCCCUCGUCACGCUCCACGGCCGCUCCCGGGAGCAGCGCUACACCAAACUGGCCGACUGGCAAUACAUCCAGCAGUGCGUGGAGGUGGCCAGCCCCAUGCCACUCUUCGGGAAUGGGGACAUCUUAUCAUAUGAGGAUGCCAACCGAGCCAAGCAGACUGGAGUCGCUGGGAUCAUGAUUGCCCGAGGCGCCCUGCUGAAGCCCUGGCUGUUCACGGAGAUAAAGGAGCAGAGGCAUUGGGACAUCUCGUCCUCCGAGCGGCUGGACAUCCUGCGGGACUUCACACACUAUGGCCUAGAGCACUGGGGCUCAGACACGCAGGGUGUGGAGAAGACAAGGCGCUUCCUGCUGGAGUGGCUGUCUUUCCUCUGCAGGUAUGUGCCUGUGGGCCUGCUGGAGCUGCUCCCGCAGCGCAUCAAUGAGCGCCCCCCCUACUACCUGGGCCGUGACUACCUAGAGACGCUCAUGGCCAGCCAGCAGGCGGCUGACUGGAUCCGCAUCAGUGAGAUGCUGCUGGGCCCGGUGCCACCCAACUUCGCCUUCCUGCCCAAGCACAAGGCCAAUGCCUAUAAGUAGCUGCUGCCCCGGGCCUGGA